GACACUUAAGGUAACUGUCUACAGACCUGCUGUCCACAGUGGUCACAAUGGUUCACAGUGGUCCACAAAUAAUCAUGAAGACUUCCUAUUGCAUAACACUUUCCUGGAUGAAAGCAAAACUAGCAUAUUAAUUGAAUGCGAGGUACAGAACUGCAAACAAUUGCUACAUUCAAAUGACACACUUUUAUUUAUGAUAAUGCCAAUAGGUUAAAUAUGCAAAUCCCUCUGAGAAGAGUAGGAUUGCUGAAGGGUGGAAAAGUCUUUUAGUGCCUGCAACUGGGGGAAGACCACACAGAGCUCUGACUUUUUUUUGUUGUUACAACUAUCUGAAGGGAAGGCAGCCACAGGAACUAUGUGGGAGCUUGGUUCUCCCAGUCUCUCUUCAAUCUAAAAGUACAUCUAAAAGCUUCCAAGCCACAAGUAAGAAAAUACACACCAAGAGGCAAAAACAUCUUAAUUAUAGUCAGAAAAAAAAUUAUGACUGCCAAACAUAAUUUUAUCUGUUCUACUGUUUCCUCUUGCUAGGAAGAAAAUUGCUUUUUUUAUUGUUGGUUUGUUUUUCUCCCUUCAGAAUUAAGAGAAUCUAUUGGCAGUAAAUAGCUUCUGUGGGGUACAGGUUGAGUCACUUGUUAAGAGGAGGAGGGCAUGACUAAAUCCAAGGGAUUGGUAUUGCAAACAGCUAUGAAAUUCAUGCACUGAAGGAGAUUCUUUGGCAUUAUUACUUCUACAAGUCUCUGGGCUUUUUUUGUUUUUGAGGAUGACAGGGUGUCAGAGGAGGGAAGCCUCUUAAAACGUUACCAGCACUACUUAACUAUAAUUGCAUUUGCAGGUAAUCUGAAGAGGUCUCUGAAGAAAUUCUCUACUAAAUGCUGAUUUAAUUCCCUUGAACUAGAUCAAAUGAGAUUAGGCUUAAAACCUUUUAGUCAGUUUUGUUUGUUUGUUUGUUUGUUUGUUUGUUUUUAAGCCUUGUUUUUUUUUUCUUCUCAAGGAAAAACUAAUUUUCUGUCCAGCUCCUCUGACUGAGGAUACUAGAGAGCAGGAAAUGUGGUCCAUGCUCACCUUGUCUCCUCACAUCUGCUCCAUAAUAAAAGCUAUUUGCACAGGGAUUUCUGUGGGGAUUUUAUUGCUGUUGGGUAUAGCAGUACCUGUCACAGGUCAGUCUCAAGUUAACCCCACUGUUCUGUGGUGUUGACUGUUGUCUCAUUGUGUCCUUUUACCAGGGGACACAAGCAAUUGUAGACUCCUGCUAAAAUGUUAUCAAAGUAUACUCCAUAAAAGCUGUACUUUGUGAUUAGCAUUAUGAUAAGUUUCCAGGAACUUGCCAAGUAAGUACAGGUACGUGGCCUUGUGCUGACUAAUUGAGAAGUCAGACAGCUGCUAUUAAGCUAUUCUGAUGGCACUAAGCAACCUGACCAGUCAGACUGUCAAUUUUUUUUUUUUUCCCUCCUGUCUGUGCCUAUGAUGGCAUUGCCCAAAGCUUUAUGGUGCAACCAUCAUUCUUCCAUUUCUGUGACAUCUGCUGUAUAGAAGUCAACAACCUGAUGCACCUUUUGUAAACUUAACUGGGUGAGGCAGUGCUGCAGCAUUUGUGUUAGCUGGCCAAUUUCAUGCAGUGUGCAGAUUUGUGAAGAGGAGCUCAAACAAGCAUGCAGGAUAAAGAGGAAAACUAAAACUAUCUUCAGAUUUUUCUGAUUUUCAGAAAGUAGUGUAUAUUUUUAGACCUGGUCCUCCCAAGGGUGCUGUCAAAUGCUCGGAUUUCUGUAGCUUCUUGUCUACAUCCCCAUGCUUCAUCUGAAACAACAACAAUCUUUGCAGUAAUGUUCUAUUACAAAGUUGCUGAGUUUAUAACUCUGGGGUGCAUUGUUUAAGAUAAUGUUUCCAAAAAUACAAUGGAUUUAAAACAAUACUAUAAAAAGUGCUGACCGACUGAUUGCUCAGCAGACUGCCCAUACAGCUUUUCUGUUAUGCUCUACAAUCUGCAACCCUCAAUGUACCAAUCCAUGGCUCCGUUUUUAGCCAUCAGCUCUCUACCCUGUGUUGAUUACUACAGCACAGAAGUGUACCAAUUUCUGCUAUUGUCAUCUAGUUCCUUGCUUUCUCCUAAAGCUGUCUAGUUGCAAGACCUCAAGUAGGUAAAAUAAUCUUUCCAAGUGCUUGUGUUGCAUUUAACUUAUAAUAUAACAGCAGGAGCUCCCGUUCGUUGCUUUGGAGGCUGUCUGCCUGCAGUAAGUGCUUAAUGAGUGGGGUACCGUUCCUUGGUGUGUGCAUCUGGCUCUGCUGAGAGCUCACGUGGUGUUCUUACAGGGUGGGCAGGUAGCUGCUUCUUUGGGCUGUUGUGUAGAGAGAUGAAGCUCUGGGUACAGGAACAGAAUGUUGGGUUUUGCACGGCAUGAAGGCUUUGGUGGCUUUGUUUUCGAUUCCUCCCCAAAACCUGAGCUGGUGGCAGAGAGGAAGCCCUGCGGGAGCCCUGCCUGUGCUGCAAGUGCAGCUGCCAAGAGCCUAGCUGAGGGGCUUGCGGCUCCGGCUGGUGCAGCAGGCAAUCCAAGACGGGUGCAGAUAGCUUCUGUCAGCACGGUCGGCCAAAAAUCACAGGUCCCAAGCUAACCGCUGGGCAUCUGUCGGGGAUCAGCGGGGCGUGCCUCUUCGUGGCUGUUUUUAGUCCUUUUGUGGAAAUGAGAGGGCUGCUUACCCUCCAGGAGCCCGUCCCAGGGCUCAAGCUGGUUGCAAGGCACCCUGUGCCCUGCCCGGGGCCGGCGCUGCGCCUGGCACCUUCCUGCCCUGCCCUCAGGGCGGCCGCGCGGGGUCGGAGGUGCGGCCCUGCCCUUCUGGGAGGCCGCGAGGGGCGCGGCGGGACUGCGCUGAGGCUCUCACCGGAGGAAGGAAGGCAGCUCCGAUCGGCUCCAGGAGCCCGGUCGAAAGGGAAGGACUUGUCGUGAAUGAAAUCAGCACGUGAGAAGAUCUAAUUGGAACUGUAGAGUUCACUUGAAGAUGCCACAAAGGGAAGAACUCAUCUGUGAGUCUUGUCUUUCAGAGCUGUCUGCUCUCUUCCAGUACAAGAAGAGUGUUUUUGAGAAAGAUGACUUGUGAAAACCAUGCAGGAAGCUGAGUUUAUGAUACUGAGUGAAAGACAUCAUGACUUACAGCGGACACUUAUCCUGAAGGACUGACACUGUGCUCUCAAAGUAAACUACAAGCACUCUUUAUAAACAAAGCAAAGAAGACAAAAAUAAUUCUGAUCCUGAACAGGAAUAAGAAUUACAAGAACUGCAUCAGAAUGUUUGUUAGUCCUAGAAGAGUCAGAAAAUGCCAGUUCUUGCAGAUAUUUGCCACUUGCUUCAUACUGUGUGUCAUGAUUUUUUGGGGACCAUUUGAUAAUCGCUUUGUAAGCCAUAUGAAGUCCUAUUCAUACAGAUACCUCAUAAACAGCUACAAUUUUGUGAAUGAAAGCCUGUCCAUCAGUAGGGAUAACAUGGACAGAGUAGCAAGCUACCAAUACUUGAUGAACCACAGAGAGAAAUGUCAACAGCAGGAUGUCCUUCUCUUGUUGUUUGUGAAGUCUUCUCCUGAAAACCGUCAUCGGAGGGAUGCAAUUCGACAGACUUGGGGUAAUGAGAAAUAUGUUCGUUCUAAACUUAAUGCCAACAUUAAAACCCUUUUUGCUUUGGGACAACCAAUGGAUCAUUUGCAGCAGAGAGACCUUUAUCUGGAAGACCAGAAAUACAGCGAUUUGAUUCAGCAAGACUUUUUGGAUACUUUUCACAACCUUACUACUAAAUUACUUCUACAGUUCAGCUGGGUAAAUGCCUACUGUCCUCAUGCCAGGUUUAUUAUGUCUGCAGAUGAUGAUAUAUUUAUCCAUAUGCCAAAUCUUGUUGCUUAUCUCCAAAGUCUAGCACAAAUGGGUGUUCAGGAUCUCUGGAUUGGCCGUGUUCAUCGUGGAUCUCCUCCCGUAAGAGAUAAGACUAGCAAAUACUAUGUUCCAUAUGAAAUGUACCAGUGGCCCUCUUAUCCUGACUACACAGCAGGAGCUGCAUAUGUAAUAUCAAGUGAUGUAGCAGCUAAAGUAUAUGAGGCUUCACUGACUCUCAAUACCAGUCUUUAUAUAGAUGAUGUCUUCAUGGGCCUCUGUGCCAACAAAAUGGGAAUUGUACCACAGUAUCAUGCCUUUUUUUCUGGGGAAGGAAAGGCUCCAUAUCAUCCCUGCAUUUACAACAGAAUGAUGACAUCUCAUGGACACGUGGAUGACCUUCACUAUCUCUGGAAGCAGGCUACUGAUCCCAAAGUUAAAAAGCUUUCCUCGGGGCUCUGGAGUAGAAUAUACUGCAGAAUAGUUAAUAUUAUGCUUCUCUGUAAGCUGUAUUAUGAGAACACAUAUCCUUGUUCAGCUGCAUUUUCCUAAUACUUGAAUAUCUGUGUUGAAGAUCCACUGAGCCAAAACAGAGCAACAACUUUUUUUUGCUGUUCAUUCAGAAUAUACGUCAAUGUGAAUAGCUGGGGAGGGUUUGGGAGGGGUGGGAUAGGAAAUGAAGCAGGGUAGUGGGAGGAUGGUGCCAAGUUCUGUUCAGAAACUGUUACUGGAAUAGCUCUCGUAUUGUACCACAACUUUCUACAUUGUAGCCUGCUUUUAUUAC